CGCCUUCGGUGGAGCUCGGGGGCGGAGCCUGCUCUGCCUUGGCGGAUAGAAGAAGCGGAGCCAGCAGUCCGGGUUGUUCGUCUUAACGUCGUGUGUCUCGGGGUUUCCCACAAAUGGCAACGACCGCAGAAGACCCGCGGGCACCGGCGGACGUCGCGUCGCCGUCCACGCUCCUCGGCGCCACCCAGCACCACCACAACAACAAUAACAACAACAACAAUAACAACAAAGACACAGAGGCGGUGGGUGGGGAGAGCGCGACCUCCGCCACCGCCGUAGCAGCCUCCGAACCCGGCGGGACGGCGUCGCAGAGCAUCGGAAACGGCUCGGUCAUCAACCCCAACGGGGGGAACAACAGCAAGUGGGUCCGACUGAACGUCGGCGGAACGGUGUUCCUCACAACGCGGCAGACCCUGCUCAAGGAGCAAACUUCGUUCCUGUACCGGCUGUGCCAGCAGCAGGACCUGCACUCUGACACGGAUGAGACCGGAGCCUACGUCAUCGACAGAGACCCCACCUACUUUGGUCCCAUCCUGAACUACUUGCGGCACGGCAAACUGGUUUACAACAAGGAGCUCGCAGAGGAAGGUGUCCUGGAGGAGGCAGAGUUUUACAACAUCACCCCGCUGAUCAAGCUGAUCAAGGAGAGGAUCAUAGAGAGGGACUCAAAGGCCACACAGCAGGUACCACCCAAGCACGUCUACAGAGUGCUGCAGUGCCAGGAGGAGGAGCUAACCCAGAUGGUCUCCACCAUGUCGGACGGCUGGAAGUUUGAGCAGGUCAGCGUGCGCACCUGCAGAAAGCCCCGCACUGGACUGCUCUGGACUAUGGUGAACAUCGGCUCCUCGUACAGCUACGGGACAGAGGACCAGGCUGAGUUCCUGUGCGUCGUAUCGAAGGAGCUUCACACGUCUGGAUCUGGCCUGGGAACAGAGCAGAGCCACAAAACCAAGCCGCCAGAGAUGCAAGAGGAGGAGGCAGCGAAGGAGGAAGAGGAGGAAGAAGAGGGAGAGAGAGAAACCAGACCGAAUGAGUGGCUUAGAGAAUGAGGGAGUCUUGUUUCUUUGUUCCAAAGGGAGGCAGGAAUGGCUUUUCCAGAUCCACGGGUCCCGCAUGUAGAACCUCGGGACGCCCUAGGAGUGGUACCUCCAUUGGUUCCAUCACCUGGCUGUCAUCAGAACUUCUAUAUGAACUGGAUCAGCUGUAGCAAUAUGCUUCAAAACAUUUUCUGUGUAAUUUUAUGUAGCUAGCCAAAGGGCAGUAAUGGGGCUUAGUAAAUCAGAACCAAAGAUUCACAUGACAGCUGGCUAAACCCAAGUGCAGAACCCUGAGGUGACAGAAUCGGACCUCUGCCCUCAGAGAGCUCACUGAGAGGCUGGUUCGGUGCCGCUGAGGAGUGACUGACAGUGUGAAGGAUUGAGCAGCAUCUGCAUCAUGACUCUUCCUACUGUGGCAUCUGUCAGUUGUCUCCAUCUUCACUCCACCCAGGGAUGAAGCAGAACUUCCCUAUUUUUAUUCAUGCUACACCAAAUACAGUCACGAUAGAAAAGUAAGUACACCUGCUUUUAACUUGUUCAUUUGGCUCCUACCUGGGGUUGAAAUUGGACAGAAAAAACCUGUAAAAGUACAAGAAGAACUGACAGGUGUGUGAAACAUUUCAGCUACUGAACCACAGGCUUUCUCCUCAGUUUUCACACACCCCGCCUCAACAUUAAUGAUAAAUAAGAAAAUAUUGUACAGUUUUCAGUUUCCCUGAGGUUGCAUCUACCUGAUUGUAACACCUUCCAACACCCGCCCCUUUCGUCAUGACGAUACGAGUGGCAGCACCCUCAUGUCUCUUUGGGCUGCUGUACCCUGGACUGACAGUGAUCAGACUCAUGGUCUUCCUCACAACUAGUCUGACUUUUAAGGCUUAAGUUCACAUCUUUACCAGCGAUGCCAAUAAUUAUGGUAUGUUUUUUUAAGCCUAACUUUUGCCAAAGUUCAAAGGGAAAUCUAGAAACAUCAUCAUAACUGAACAAAAUGUAUAUUGAAUAAAGAACAGGAAGGUCUAGGCUGCUGGAAGCAAACAAGGGAUGUUUUAAAACCCACAGCAGAAGGAGAUCAUCUCUGCUCCUCAGACGUCUUGUUAGGUGUUAUGUGAUCUCCUGCUGUUGCACCUACAGACCACUGCAGGCAGUUAAGGUACCAAUUAGAGACAAUCCAGACUUCAAAUCAUGUCUUCGUGUUUGUCUGUAGAUCAGUUGUGUGUAAAACUAGAAGCAGAGCUCCAGUAUCUGUAGGAUCCUUAAACCAGUAGAUGUUAGAAUAGUUGAUUUAUACUUUAAGAACGUGCAGAUGAUAAUCGUUAGUAAGGGGGCACAUAUGUCAGCAUUGACAUCGGUAUCAGCCGAUCAAUCUUUGACCUCCUGCUGUCGCACCGACUGACCUGAGGAGGUCGGCCAUGUGGUUUUUGUCUGGCCAUGUGACAGUGGUGCAGCACAGUAUUGUGGGUAGUUUAAAUGAAGCAGAGAAGUAAUGUCAGCAGUGCGAUCGUUUUUUCACUAUGUUGAAAUGGUAGGAAAAUGUGGUGUUAAUAUCAGAUAUCGAUAUUGGCCCAAGUCUUCCUAUCGGUGCAUCCCUAAAGCGUGACAGGAUGACAGAGGUGCGGCCAUCUUUGUUAUGUCCAGUCUUUCUAAUUUGGAUCGCUCAGUGCCUUGAGUUAAAGCAGGAAGACUGGCCCAACAUGUUCAUAGUUGAAUGAAUCAUUUUCCAGUCUGGCAGGAUUUGUUACUUCUCUUAUUAUUUGGAUGAAAUGGGUGCAUGACGACUUUAUUUUUGUUAAUAUAUUUUAUUUUUUUUAAUCUUUGUGUGGAUGAGUGUGGUCUUUAUAUGAGCCGUUUUUCUACUUUAAAACAACAGUCUGUAUGAAUGAGAACCAUCAGGUUUUCUUAUUAGUUUAAGUUUACCUGUAUGUUCUUUCUCCUCUGGACUUUACUGGUGCAGCUCAAUAAAUUAGACCAUCAGCAUGAAGUUAAUUUAUUUCAGUAACUAAAUGGCACACAGGGUUUAUUUUGGUUACUCUUGAUGGUUCUAGCUUACAGUUCCACAUAAAAUAAAGAGUCUAGAAUAGAGAAAUAUUCUGUUAGGGCCUGUAUACUCAUGGGCAGUACCGGCUUUUGUCCAGCAGGUGUCACUAACACCCUCCAUAAAGGUAAGUCAAAGGAGAUCUUAAAGAAGCUGGCAGUUCGCAGUGCUGUAUCCAAGCUCAUUCAAGGAAAAUUCAGUGGAAGGAAAACGUUUGGUAGAAGUCCUAACAAGCUGAAGGUUGCUAUCAAAGGCUGGGACUCCAGAACCUGAAUCUAUAUAUGUUUCCCUUUUUUAAUUAAAUUACUAAAACAUCUUUUCGAUGAUCUCAUUUAUUGAGAUGCACCUCUAAUUUUACAAACCUCUCGUUGCAUGUCGUAUUACUUUGGAUGGACACGUUGUCGGCAUAAUUUCUGUUUGGUGGUUUCUGCUGUUUCACCAUGUUUUCAUUUAACAUCUGAAGCAGAAAGGUCCACCUAGUGUUGCACUACUGUGCAGAAAAACCCACCUGAUGUAUCAGUCUAGACCUCUAUCUCGAUGCGGGACUUUGUUUGAUCUGGUCCCUUCAGGGCCGGGAUGCAUUUUAUUUCUCUGAAGCAAUGUGACACAUAAAAUGUACCCCUCUGAUAAACCUGUACUGGCUUUAGGUAACGCUGUGUUUUAAUGUGCUGUGUUUCAUCAGGAUCUGAAUAUCUUCCAGCACAACAGGAAGUUAGCUCUUUUUUUUAUUUACUGUCUGAUUGUUACUGUUGCCUACAAAAAUAAAGAUUUCUUUGGUUUAA